GGACGCGCGUAGCGGUCUGCAACAUCUCGUUGAGUGGCAGGGCCUCGUCCAAUGAACAGCGCCGCUGGUGGCGUCCUCUGCGCGGGUAGCGAGUGUGGGUUUUGUUGUCUCCAGCCAAGAGAUUUUCUGCUUAGUUUGACGUCGACGGCGGGUCUCUUCCAGACUUGCAGUUUGCCGAUUGACCUCAGCAACCGACUUUUUGUGUCUAAAAGGUAGCGCUUACCGAGGGGGACGCGACUUUUUGGCGUGUACCGGGAGGAAUGACGUGUGGAUAGACGAAGCGAGGGCCAUAAGAAAGGGGCCUGCCUGCCCGGUCACGCCGGCACUAGAGCGUGUCGCUGUGGCCGAACCAAGUGUUCGCUGAGCCCGCCUCGCUUCAGUUUCAGCUGCUGUCGAGCUUCCUUUUUUUUUUUUGCUGUUUUUGUUUGCCUUUUUCUGCCCCAUCAUUGUGUUGAAUUACGCGUGCCACUCCCCGAGCCUCAACAUGUCUCUUCACGGCAAGAGAAAGGAGAUCUACAAGUACGAGGCGCCCUGGACCGUCUACGCGAUGAACUGGAGCGUCCGGCCGGACAAGCGCUUUCGCCUGGCGCUGGGCAGCUUCGUGGAGGAGUACAACAAUAAGGUGCAGCUCGUAGGCCUGGAGGAGGAGAGUUCGGAGUUCAUCUGCAGGAAUACCUUUGACCACCCGUACCCGACUACUAAGCUGAUGUGGAUCCCCGACACCAAGGGCGUCUACCCAGACCUCCUCGCUACAAGCGGGGACUACCUGCGCAUCUGGCGGGUGAGUGACACCGAGACACGUCUGGAGUGCCUGUUGAACAACAACAAGAACUCGGACUUCUGUGCCCCGCUCACAUCCUUUGACUGGAAUGAGGUGGACCCUAAUCUGUUGGGUACGUCGAGCAUUGACACAACUUGCACAAUCUGGGGCUUGGAAACCGGCCAGGUCCUGGGAAGGGUCAAUUUGGUUUCCGGCCACGUCAAGACGCAGCUCAUUGCCCACGACAAGGAGGUGUACGACAUUGCAUUCAGUCGCGCUGGCGGAGGUCGUGACAUGUUUGCCUCUGUAGGGGCCGACGGCUCGGUGAGGAUGUUUGAUCUUCGGCACUUGGAGCACAGCACCAUCAUAUACGAAGACCCUCAGCACCAUCCUCUGCUGCGCCUGUGCUGGAACAAGCAGGACCCCAACUACCUGGCCACAAUGGCCAUGGAUGGCAUGGAGGUUGUUAUUCUGGACGUUCGAGUUCCCUGCACGCCAGUGGCCCGUUUGAACAACCACCGAGCAUGUGUGAAUGGCAUUGCGUGGGCACCUCACUCUUCCUGCCACAUAUGCACAGCAGCUGAUGACCAUCAGGCACUCAUCUGGGACAUUCAGCAGAUGCCACGCGCCAUUGAAGACCCGAUCUUGGCAUACACUGCCGAAGGGGAGAUCAACAACGUGCAGUGGGCCUCCACCCAGCCUGACUGGAUAGCGAUCUGCUACAAUAACUGUCUAGAGAUCCUCCGAGUCUAAGCGGAGCCUGCAUGGCAGCGCCACGGCUGCCCGGACUUUCCAGAAGAGUCUGGACUGUAAACUGGGACGUUGCUGUCCUUUACUUUUUUUUUUUUUUUUUGGUUUUAGUUGCUACAUAUAAUUAAUAAAAAUAACAAGGAAAACAAAUGUGGACAUGUUUGGCACAAGACGAUGGCUCCUUUUGUUAUGUCGCUGCAUUGAGAUCAAGCGCCAGAGAGCCCCGUCCUUCAUGACGGCCGACUUGUUGAGCCUGACCGAGAGCGACCCGCCAAGAAGGAACGAGCCGAGGAGUCGUGUCUGGUGACAGAAAGGAAUUCAGUGUUUCUGAACUCUGCGGGGGUCUCUUGUGUCGAGAGCGGGCGUGCAGUCGUGAGGCACCGUCAUGGCAGAUGCUUGGCAGUGCCAGUCUGAAACAAAUUACAGUCGUUCAAGCAGAUGACCCUGGAGCACACCUGGAAGGACUUUCACGGUGGGCUUUGGCGUUGACUUAUGCCAAGGAUUACUUCCAGUAGCCCUGAAAAUAUACAAGGGGUGGUGCAGAUCCUCCUCCUUCUUCUUCUUCUUCUUCUUCUUUGUAAUAUUUUUAGCAAAAUUUCAGUCAGACUGUCAAAAGUCAUCAUGUUAUGUGGCAAAGUGGUUGUACCAUUUUUUUGCGUACCACCUUAUCUGGGCGAUUCUGUAAUAGCAGCAUGGUACUGUGUACUGCUGAAUGGGGUUGGGGUUGGGUGGACCACCUAAAGUGUAGUCGUUGAGAUGAAGUGAAGGUGCGCCUUGCCGAAGGCCCCUCUGCCCUUUGACGUUGUAAUGGCACAGUGGCCAGGUCAGUCACGUCUCGAUUCUUUUCUUUGACAGGUGGGUUUGCCGACCCCCUCCUUGGCACCACCCUAAUGGCGUCACUUUCAGCAGCGUUAAUCUGCUAUUUUCAGUCUGUGCCACUCUUGCCCUUGUUGAGCCGUUUCCAGGAUGCCUUGUGGUGAUAGAGCUGCUCCCUGGGGGGUAUGGGGGGUUUGGUUAAAGUGUCCCCAGCUUUGCCCUUGACACUUGAUUUGGGGGUCUCAUGUGGUUCUGCAUUCUCCUUUGCUUCACUGCACAGACUUGAUUUGUUUUCUGUGUGUGUGUGUGUGUGUGUGUGCACGCACUUAUGAGGACUUGUGCUUUUCACGCCUGGUUACAGCUGUUUAUAUUCCAAAUAAAGCCUUUUCCCAGAAUCCUC